AUGGGGCACUUCCAGCCUGGUCAGGUGGCCCAGUGGCUGGACAGCCUCACAGGCUGUCUGCGGUGUGACUGCCCUUUGCUUCUCCAGAGGCAAGACUCUGGACCCAGAAAUACCCGGCUUGACUCUUGGGCUUGCAGUUUGCAAGCUCUCCCGGGAGCCGGAGGGGAGGGCGGCGCGACGCGGACCCAGCCCACGGCCGCUUGGCCGCUGCGCUACGACGGACCGCGCCCGCUGAGGCCCCGGCCGCCCCUGGGGCCUCGGGCCAGGUCCUGUUGGUUGGGAAUCUUGGUCCUAGCAGUGUGUUUAUUUGGACAGAAUCCUCUCACAGCAAAACAAGCUGAGGUCCCAUGGAGCUCAUCAUCCAUACAUAGAAUCUAUACUGGAUUUGUUGAUACUGGUGAUGUUUGGCAGAGACUGAAUACCUGGCUUGUAGAAGAAAAUGUACCUCACACUCGGUCUUGCUGUCGUACGUGGAAGGCACACAUGACCGGUGACCAUGUCUUUUGCAUGCCUGGGGAUGAGGCGGCCACAGGACCAAUAGGGACUCUUGGUGGCCAGUGCACCCUUGUACAAAGGAUUGGCCCUAAUUUGGUCAUUUCAGGCAAAGAUGUAACUAUAAACACCACCCUGAAUCCAGAAAUUAAGGUUUCCCAAGCAGUUCUUGGAAGGCAGUUCCUGGCAGCACUAAAACCCCAAAGAAGCAAAGAGAAGCCAAAACAAAAUCCAGAUACCCUUCAUGGAACGUUUGCUUUGUUAUGGAGGGCGGUGCUGCCAAAGAGAAAUGACUUCUCAGGUUUUUCAUAUAUUGUCCCUAAUGGUGUCCCCAGAAAAGUAAACUUGGUGCCAGAUAGAUUAAUGUGCUACAAAGUAAGACUGUCCAGGAACCCUGAGAACGUCUGUGCCCCGUGAGAUGGGAAGGACAGGCAAGCCCACUUCCUAUGUUACCCUGGGUCACUCUACCAUAGGCAGCCUGGGAGUGGGCAGGCAGUGGGCCUGACACCACGGUCCAAAUGGGGUCAGGGUCCCCAUUAGUGUGGCAUGCUCUGGACUAGGUUUGGGCAUUUCUGAAUCAGCAGCCUGAAGAGGUUCUCUAAUUAGACAUGUUAGAAAUCAACAGAAUUUGGAGGGAGGGGUAGGGAUGAGAGGACAGGUAAGAGGAAAUAGAGAGGAAACUAAUGCUGAUGGAAUAGCUGCUUGCAUCAGUCAGCUUAUGUAACAAUGAUGAUAAUAAUAAUAAUGGUAUCUUACAUUACUCAGCAUUUACUAUGUUCCA